UGGAGGGGACGCGCUCUCAUACCGCCGCGCAUUCCUGAAAAGAUAAUUCACAGCAUGUCACCGAAGGAGGGACGGCUGCCCGAAGGGCAAAUGUUACUGUUCCCAGAAUCCCGCGGAUGAUUAAUUGAACACGAAAGGACACCCUACGCACAUCAAUUUAGCCGUCUUAAGAAGAAGGGAACAUAGGAGAGAUAAGAUGCAGGGGGACCCGGGCUCCCAGAGAAACUUCAGUGUGUUGGAUCGCAUCCUCCACACGCACCCUGUCUGGUUGCAACUGUCAAUCAAUGCUGAGUGCGCCCUCUACAUCCUGCUCAGAGAACCCGUCGGGACGUUCCUGGUCCGUAAAUGCAGCUCGAGCCAGAGGAAGGUGUUGUGUGUCAGAGUGGCCGCGGAGAGAGCGCCGUCCUCCAUCAAGGAGUGUUUCAUAUGUGAAGAGGAUUCAGCCUUUUCCCUGGAGAGCUCUGCUCUCAGCUUCCCAGACCUUUGUCGAUUGGUGGCCUUCUACUGUAUCAGCAGGGAUGUGCUGCCUUUCGCUCUGGAGCUGCCAGAAGCCAUUGCUCAGGCCUCCUCCCACAGGAAGCUGGAGGCCAUCUCUCAUAUGGGAUUAGAGUUCUGGAAUUCACUUUCUGACACCCAAAAUGGACCUGGGGACCUGCUGGCCCCAUCCGCCAUUAACAAGCCCCUGCCCAGCAGCAUCCAGCACCCACCCACCAGUACCAGCCUGGUCAAGGCAGGUCUGUCGCAGGACCUCUGUUACCUGCUGUCCCGUGGCAAACAGGCAUCUCUCUGCUUCAUCAACCCUCUCUUCCUACAGCUAGAGCAACAGCAGAAGCAGCCGUCAAGCCAGCGGGCGUCACACAAACGCCACCGCUUCAAACGCAGCAUGAGGAUCCGUGUCUCCACGGAGAGCUUCAUGACUCUUUCUGGUGGUGGAGGCAGUGGGGAGACCUCAGAAUACCAGGACCAUCUGGACCAGGAGAGGCUCCAGCCCACCAUCCUCCAGUCUAGUUCCAAGCCAGAGAGGAAGGUCCAUUCUGGUGCUGGCGUCUUGAAGAGGACCUCUGCACUGUCCCCAGCGUCGGCCGAAGACGAGGAUCUACAUGUACCACCACCGGUAAAGGAGGUGGAAAAGGACCCUCCUGCCCCACAGCAGCCAAGGAUCGAGGAGUCAUGCCUGUCCUUCGAGGGUCGCCCGGCUCCCUCCUUGGCUGAAUUGGACAGCAGCAGCUCCUUCAGCAGCCUGGAGGAAGAGGAGCCGGAACCAGAGGACCAGUUCUUCAAACAAGCGAACCCCAACCCCCAGUGCCGUCCGCCCUUGGUGCGCUCGCGGGGGGGUCACGGAGGUCUUCACAGGAUGAGUGCAGCAUUCGUCUGUUUCUUCGCCCCAGAGAAGAGGCUAACUAGACUUGUGGAGGAGUUGUCUCAGGACCGGAGGUCUGCGUUUGGCUCCCUGGUCCAGGACUUCCUGGAGAUUCAGAGGGAGGAGUUGAGGGACAUCCUGGCCCAGGCUGCCUCUUCGCCAUCGUCCUCCAUGUCAACAACCUCCGUGGGGGUGCUCCUGGGACUGCGGCGCUUCCUUUCCCAGGCCAAGAGCUUCCUCCUGGAUAGCGGAGAGCUGUCACCCCCCCUAGAGACCCUGGUGCCAGACAAUGAGAAAGACCUAGCCCUGGAGAAGGCCCUGUUUGGCUGCGUCCUAAAGCCCCUGAAGGCGCUGCUAGGCCAGGUCCUCCUGUCACUCCACAAACAGGACGGCACCACUCAGCGACUAGCCUGCAGUCUCCUGGCCUGCCAGCCGGGGGCGCUGGAGCGCCUCGGGGUGCGUGUGGGCGUGCCCGAUGCUCGUGGCUUGGAAAGGGUGAAGCAGAAGCUGGCACUCAUGCAGCGCACCCACUCUCCCAUAGACAAAGUGUUGCUUCUUCUGCAGGUCUGCAAGGAAGUGCAGAAAGACGCAGGGGCCCUCCGCGACGGUGGACAGGAAGUGAGCUCUGAGGACUUCCUGCUGGCGCUGUCCUACGUCGUAGUGAUGUGUAACACACCUCAGAUCCUACUGGAGGUGGAAUACAUGAUGGAACUAUUGGAGCCAUCCUGGCUGACAGGGGAGGGUGGCUACUAUCUGACCAGUGUCUAUGCCAGCCUGUGUCUGAUCCAGAGCCUGGAGGUGGAGGGGAGCUCUCCUCCCCCAAGGGGUCUUACCCGUGAGACCCAGGACAGGUUGAGGGCAUGGGGACGCAGACGCAGCCUGGAAGCCAAGAGCAACCGAGAGAGACAACAAAACCAGAGGUGCGUCCGGGUGCUGUUUCAGGACGGUGAUCGCAGCGCUGUGCGUACGCUGCAGUGGAGAGCCGGCGAGAGCAGUGACACCCUGGCCCAGCUCUGUGCCUCCACCUUCGGAGUCUCCGAGCCCCAGCUCUACACCCUCUACUGGAGGUCUGGGGGGGAGAUGAGGGCCCUUCCCCCCCAAGCACAGCCUCAGGACCUGGCCAGCCACAGCGAGGGAGGCCCCUCUCUCUCCUACCUCCGCACUGACCACGAUUUCAGCAAGAUGCGGCGGCUGACCAGAGGGGGCGCCGUGGACCUGGGGGAGUCCGUGUGUGAGGAGUGAUGGAGGAAGAAGGAAGGAGGCGGAUGGAUGGAUGGGGAGAGAGAGAGAGAGAGAUAAAGGAAUGAAGAGGAGGAGGAAGAAGAUGGGGAAGGGUUCUUUGUGGAUCUCAGCGUCUUUUGAUUGGUUGAUUGAUUAAAAAGCACUUGUGUUGUGUCUUGGACGUGUUGUCAGCCCUCGCUAAAGACUCCGGGUCAAGUCUCAAAUGGCACCGUAUUCCAUAGUGAGCGUUUAACAGUAAUUCACUGCACUUUAUGGGUUUUGGUAAGAAGUUGUCUACUACAUGGGCUUUGAUGUACUGUAUCUCAAAUCUAGGGCUCUCUAUGGGAAUAUGGUGUCAAAUCUAGGGCUCUCUAUGGGAAUAUGGUGCAAAAUCUAGGGCUCUCUAUGGGAAUAUGGUGUCAAAUCUAGGGCUCUCUAUGGGAAUAUGGUGCCAAAUCUAGGGCACUCUGGGAAUAUGGUGCCAAAUCUUGGGCACUCUAAGGGAAUGUGGUGCCAAAUCUAGGGCACUAUAUGGGAAUGUGGUGUCAAAUUUAGAGCACUAUAUGGGGCAAUAAGAAGAGCUCUACAUGGGGAAUAAGGCGUUAUUUGAGACUGAAACUUAGAUAAAGGGCCGGUUGGUUGGUUGUCUUCUAGUCGCAUCACUUCUGUGUAUCAGUCUGCUGCUCCUCGGUUGGGACCAUAGAAUUAAAAUGAAUUCUAUAAAUUCUAUAUCUAUAUUCGGAACCCUGUUGUUAAGGGUUGGGGUGGGGGGUGCUGAACCACUAGCUGCCAGUAUGUCCUUUGGAAGUAUUGCUUCUGUACUGUAAGAGCGACAGGAAUAUUUUUUACGAGAUUAAACCUCAAUACCAAAGUUAAGAAAGGAAAGUCAUACACACAGGGAUGUGUGAAGCUUAGACGAGAGCGGACAUGGUUAUUUUGACUUAUUUACAGUGUUACCGAUAAAGGACUAGAUAAAAGCAGCUGCUAGCUGCCGGAUAGCGUCUUUCGCCAUGAAUCUUUCUGUGGAGGCAGCUCAGCCAUAAACAUAGAAAUGAGGUAAUUAGGUAAGUGGUGAUGGCACCACUUAACAUUUGACAGGUUUGUAUGCUCUCUGAUUGCAUUUGAACAGGGUUUGUUCUUUUUGUCCCUAUUCUUAACCCCUAAUGUUUUCUUAAAUUAUAAUUUCAGAUGUUAAUAUCCCCAAAAAUGCAUUUCAAAACUGUCUGACCCUAGGUAUCUGUGAAAAUCGUUCCCAAAUGCAUGUUUGAGUCCAACUCCCAAGAUACCCCUCUCUCUAACUGAGUGGGUGGGUUCAACGAUAGAGAGGAUUCUAACUUGCUGAUGCUGACAAACAUAGCCAGGCUAAUGGUUCCAUAAUAAAGUAAUAUUUACUUUGAUGGGUGAGAAAGAGCUUGUGAUGUGAUUGUUUGGUAUAACUGUUAUAUAGUCUGCUGUGUUAUUUAAUCAUAACAUCACAUGCCAGGCUGGAGACAAAAACAGCAUCAUUUACUCAAUGACAAGCACGCUGUUCCGCAGUAUGCCAAGGGGAACUACUAGUAUUGGCUGGUGAAGAAUUUAAAUACAUUAAUAUGUUUGAUUUUGUCAAGGACAUUACUGUGCUUGCUAUCAUUGGAGUGGUUGACAGAGACUUCUGGCUGUAAUACUCGUCCAUGCCUUCAUAAAGUGAACAGAUAUCAAUCUAAAAAACUGCUGGACCUCGAGGAACGAGGUGUCUAGCUAGCUGGCUAUUUGAUAGCUGGAUUCAUCAUUAUCACAUUGUUAUCAGCUGUCUACAGAUAGAAAAUGGGUGGCAAUUUACAAAAAGGGCCAACAGUUUUGUAUUAAUUGCACUGUUGAGGAUUGGAAUACCGUGGCUUUGCUGGAGCUAAUAAAUAGGAAAAUAAUUGUUUCGAUGUAUGUUUACACAAAGCCAGAAGUGGAGUCGCCUUGCCCAUGUUGGUCUAUGGUAAUCAAUGGCAUGGAAGAGGAGUGCACUUUUUUGUGUCAUGAUAUAAUUUGAAAUGACUAACCUUUUCCCUGAUCAUUUUUCAUAGUUAUGAUGUGACCAUACAAUAAAUUAUGAUAUUUCCAGACCUUGGACAUGGUGGAUUGACUACUAAAGCAUGAAUUUUGACUGUAAAAAUCCUCUUUAACCUUAAAGGGGUAAUCAACCCCCAGACACACAAAUCUUGAAGAAUCUGUUAAUCUGGUGAAAACCAUAAGCCAGUAAAAUAAAAUACAAUGUAUAUACAGUUCUCAUGCUGGUACAUUUAAUUCUACUUGAAAAACUGGUCCAAAUCAAAUAUACCUAUUUUAUUCAAAAUGCUUAAAACCAUCAAAUUUCACCAUCAAACUAAUUUGAAUUCUGCCCACAAAUGUGAUUUUACAGCAAUCUAACACUCUUAACUAUGCAUUAAAUACUUAACAAGUCAUGCUGAUAUUGAAUUUGGGGUUACUGCAUGUUGACAUUUUCUAGCAACCAAGCCACUGAGAUUUUAAUUAACCUAGCCAGCCAGCCUGGUCAGAGAGAGCAUUGCAUUGUGGGAUUUGUAGUUAAGUUAGUGAUACACAUUUUUCAUGCUACAAAAUGCAAAGACCACAGCAUGUUCUUCUCCCACAUUUAAAUAAUAUAAACAAACUAAAUCAUAGAAAUGUGGGGUUCUGGGUGGAUUAUUCCUUUAAAUAUAACAUGUAUAAUAUUCCUUUUAAUAUAACCUAUAUUAUUCCUUAUAAAUAUAACCUAACAUUAACAUUUAACUGUUUUACAAUUCCGUUUUUAUGCCUGCGGUUGGUUGGUCUUGCUUUCGAGUUGUUCCAACAUAAUCUCUGCCCUCACCAAUGAAUGUAGAUCUAUAUUUGAAUAGAAAAAAUAAUAAUACAAGGUAAAUGUGUAGGUGAGGUUGGAAACUGGAGUGGGACAAAAAUGUAUACAUAUGUGAGACAACCAAUCAUAUAAUUUCUUUGGGGCAGAGCUGCCUCUAGAAAAAGAUUCAUGACGAAUAAACCUAACCUGUAUAGAGGCAAACGCCAUUUUGUGAUCUUGAGUCUGGUACUGUUGAUGUCUGCCAUUAUAAAUGCCACAGGUUUGAGGACGUUUUUUUUAUUGAAAAACACAAUAUAACCUUGUUAAGAUUUUGCCAAUAAUUUCAUUUUACAAACUCACGUUAGAAAGAAACACAUUUAUCAAAAAAAUUAUAAUUCUGUUUUACUUUGUAUAACUUUUUCUGUAAAACUGCUAAAACAUUCCAUCAAAGAAAGAGCUUUUCAGAGCAAAGACACUCUAUGUGACGACGCCAAUAAAACUGGAACCAUGUUAUACAUCAUGGUGAUUGGUUGAAUGUAAAGUGACCUACGUCGCCAUGGCGACUCCUGCUGCAAGUCCUCUUUGCCAACAGACUGUUCAACUCAAUGUUAUUUUCAAUACAGACUUAUGAUAAUUCAUUAUUACAAUAAUUGUGGAAAAUGUGGAAUAUUUAUGAUAGUGAAUAUGAAUUGAGUUUAUUGAAUGAAUGUAAAAUAUUUACCUUUAUGACAUUUUCAUUGGAAGGUGGUUGAUUUAAAGACAAACUUUCUCUGAGCUCUAUUGCAUGCUGUUUUAAUUUUUAUGUGAAGUUUUACAGGUUUUGUAGGUGAUGCAUGUGUAAAUUGUGUGGAAAAAGGCAACAUUAUGGCAUUCACUAUUUCUUUGAAUGUAUUGCUGUAUUUUGUCCAAACAACACAUUGCUGUAAUUGGUCCAGUAAUACAAAAUCGCAAUAAAAUUGCAAUAUCUGUU